UGUUUUUCCAGAUUACUUGGGUUGGAUAUGAUGUGUGAUCCUAGUUACAUAAGAAAUUCCCCCUCUUCUUCUAUUCUUUUCUUUUUGUUUUUAACCAGAUGAGUAAUGCUAAUAUCUUUCUUUUCUAUUUCAGAGAUGAGAAACAACAAAUGUUCAGAGGUUUUGCUGUCAGAAUCUGAUUAUUGGAUUUUUCUCCAUCAUGUCAGUCUUUGGAUUGAACCAUCCAAAGAGAGCAACAAUUGCAGGACUUACAUGUCUUAAAUUAUUGGGUGUUCUCAAAGCUUGCUAGAGAUCAAACUACUGCAUAUACAGCAGAAAUGGCUAUCGAAACCUCUGCUGAAACUCCUCCCAAAGAAUCCUGUCGGUUGUAUGAUGGUGUGGUAUGGACUGCUUAUAGAUUCGAUGGGUUGGGGAAUUAUUUUAAAAAGGGAUGGGAUCUCAGAGAAGAUAGAGGGAAUCAUUUCUGUUGGUAUCAUGGAGAACUUCCCAAUCGAAAUCAGAAGCUUAGAUCAUUCAAGAAAAUUUUUACUGAGAAGCUCUGUCCGCCUCUGAAACACCAAGACAUUACAAGGAUGGUUAGCAGCGGACCGUUUUGUGGCCAUGUCGAUGGGGCACUUUUUCUUCGGGUAAAUUCAUCAGGACCUUCUCUUAGCAAUUUCAGACUUAGGCUUGCUGCUAGAAUCACUGAAAAUUCGGUGAUUACAAUGUCUUUAGGUCCAAAUCUCAGAUUGGGUUUCUCUCCUGAGAAUCCCAAUCUGGUUAGAAGUGAUGAGAUGGGGGUGGAACUAGAUGAGAUCGUUAUUGAAAAGGGAGAUCGUCCUGAGAAUUCCAAUCUGGUUAGAAAUGAAGAGAAAGGGGUAGCAGCUAAGAACGGGAUUGAAGAGGGAGAUGUUGAAAGUCGGUUCGAAAUGAAUGAGGAGGAAGCUGAUAAUCUGGUGGUGAAAACUGUUGGAAAUCUUCUUGUUCACAUUGUAAAUAGACACAUGGAUCAUCUUCAGUGUAUUGUUACAAACCUCGAGAUUGAUCUGGAUACAAUCGAAGAAUGGAUGGAAUGGUUAUGGGAAAACAUCGAGGCCCGAAGAAAGAUUGGUGGUGGUACUGUGAAGAGAGAGAUGUGGGAUGAUAGAAGAUUGGCCAAAAUGCAUUUGGAUUUGCAGCGACUCCUUCAGGUAAUCGCUCAUGUGGAGCAGGUUUUCCCUCGCAUCAAAGAAAAAUGUACUCUAAAACGUUGGUGGGCUGCUGCCGACAAUGUCUCUCUUGAGGAGGUUAUCGGCAACCUCGGGAGGCUAAAAGAAAAUGUGGGGUUUAUUGGCAGUCGGGUCGCAGCAAUUCAAGCAGGUUUUGACAGCAAGCAGGCUGCUCUUGAUAGCAGGCAGGCUGCGCAGAUCAACCAAAAGCUUUACUAUUUAUCCAUUCUUUCAGUGAUGCUUCUACCGUUAUCUUUCAUCACAGGAAUAUUCGGAUUGAGCGUCGGAGGCAUUCCCUGGACAGACCACAAGGAUGGGUUCCGCAAUGUCUUAUUGCUAUGUGUUGUAAUGACGGUGGUUCUAUUGGCUUGUUGUAUGUUGCUCCCAGUUCUUUACAGACGCAUUAAAGAAUGCUUCUGCAAUUAGGUAUGUUGUUCUGUAUGAUAUAUUGGAAAAGGCACUUCGAUGCAUGAACUGGAUGAUUGGAUUCUAGAUCUUGUGGAUUGUACCUCAGUGCACUAGCUGGAUAAAUGGAUCUUGUGUUUUAUUUUUGUUUCCCUUUUAUUAUCUAUAAAUUCUGUGUGUGUAAAAUCUGGAUGAUUGAUAUGCAGCAGACAUCUUAUUUCCAACUUUAUUACGGUAUCGGAGCAACAUUUUGAUAUGGGCCACUGCCCUAUUUUUCACAAACGUUUUUCAUUCUCUCCUUGUUGCCGCCUGUUUUAUGUUUUUCAACAUCCUCACGCAGCAGCAGCAGGAGAA